AGAGCUCCUCGUCGCAUUUCAGUUCGACCACUCCUGAAACAAAGCCUGAUAAUCUUCCAGGACAUUUGACAACACACUAUGUAGAGAGCUCGACAGGGAUGAGAGCGGUUUAAGAAUUCGUCUCCGCCAUAGAUUGUGUCCAUAAGAGUUCUCACUCGCAGAGAAGGGGUGCACCAUCAGACGGACCAUGGAGACGGAGCAACAAAGAGCAAUGGAGAGACGAAGAGAGGGCACAGGGGAGAGAGGUGGAAGAGGAGAAGACUACAAGCGGAAGUAAAGGGAAAGAAAUGGUGCCCAAGGGGACGUGCCAGACCAUGUGUCCUGCUCAUGAGCUGCGAGACCGCGAGGCUCAGAACCGCCUUCACCAUUUUGAGAUGCUUCCCGGCACAGAGAAAGUCCGGCGGCCGAAGGGAGACCCCUCGCGUGCUGUCAAAGAGUACUCCAGACCAGCAGCCGGGAAAGACUCGACAAGACCGUCGGACCUCAGACCACCUGCCGUUUUGCUGAAAACUGUUUGUUACCUUAUUGAUGACAUUGCAGCCUCCCCUACUCUGCAUCCAUGGACUGAGGUGUAUAACUUUGUCUUUGAUCGCCUGCGUGGUGUGAAGCAGGACAUGAUCAUCCAGAGGGUGUCUGGACCAGAAUGUGUGGCCAUUUUAGAACGGACAGUGCGUUUCCUCAUCUAUGCCUCUUACCGGCUCUGUGGCGAGCCCCUGCGGCUCUAUGACCCACGCAUCAACGACACGCACCUGCAAGAAUACCUGAGCUGGCUGUUGGAUUGCUACUUAAGUGAAACAGAACCACAUCCUAACCAGGAGGAGUUCCAGGCUCUUGGUUUGCUGUAUAACUUGGGAUCAGCUCGUGCAGCACAGCACAUCAUGCAACUCCCGGAGCGUCUCCGCAGCACUCCUUCCAUCUCACUGGCUCUUUCCAUCAACCGAGCGUUUCUGGAGCGAAACCCUGUACGUUUGCUGCGGCUGGCCAACAGACUGAACUUCCUUCAGACCUGUGCUCUGCACCGGCACCUAGUGACCUGCCGCAGGGAUCUGCUGCUAAUAUACAGCCACGGAUACAGCAGUCGCAACUGCCGCUUUCCUCUUGACAGACUAUCGCAGCUGUUGUCCUUGGACAGGGCGCUUACAGCUAAACUUUGUCAGGUCUAUGGACUGGAGGUUAUCCAGGAGAACCAAGUGGUGUUCUCCAAAGCUGCUUUCACCGAGCCAGAACAGGUGAACCUGCACUGUAAACUGUAUCACAGCAUAGUGUCUGAGAAACAGGGAGACCUCACUGUUGAGAACAUCAUUCAUGGCUGUGCUUGAGACAAAUGAGUGAACUAGAAAGACUAGAAAAAAGUGAUGCUUUAUUACCAUUCAGCUGUUUGUUCCCAUUCUUCCACAGCAAGAUCAGGGAAUUAAAAUCUUGUCUGUGGAGUUGCACACUUCCUCCAUUUCACAAUUUUGCUGCCUUAAAGCUGUGGAUGGUUAGGGACACCCUUGUUAUCAGAGCCUAUCAGGUGUGAAUAUAUGUUUUACCUAUGACAUAUUUAAGACAUUGAAAAAAAAAAACAGAUCCAGGCUUGCUGAAGAUCUGCCAUACUCUGAGACCUGGGAAAGCCUCAGCUAAGUCAUACUUGAGCCCGUAUACUUUAAGAUGUGAAUCACUUUUCUAUGGAUGCCGCUCAGUUACAUUAAUUCCGUGUUUUACUCUGUAUUUUAUAAAACCUCAGUGUAGAUCUACUGUGCAACAGUGUUCAUUUAUGCUCACAAAUGCAGUAUUUUGAAAUAAUUUCAAUAAAUUUUGUUAUCUAAGA